ACUUUCAAUUACUAUCUACUCAGAACCCACUGCCCCCAGAUGUAAUCCUGAAAUCCGGUUCUGGCCGGCCUGCUGCCUGAAGGGGAGAGAACGAAGACUUGGAGGUGGAUUUUCUCUGUCUCUGGUUCCUUCCACUGAGAUAACGAAAGAAGACCAAACUCCGCUUGGCUCCGGGCCUACCACCUGCCAUUUUCCCUUCUUCCUGUGCUUCUAAGGCCUCUGAACCUCCUCCCUCCUGCCCCAUCAGGUGCCAUGGAGAAGGUCCAGCAUCUCACCCGCUCGGCCUUAAGAAGAGCCUCAAACAUUGAGAUGCCCCCACAAGCCCGGCAGAAUCUCCAGGAACUCUUUGUCAACUUUUGUCUCAUCUUAAUCUGCCUUCUGCUCAUCUGCAUCAUCGUGAUGCUUCUCUGAGGUUCUGCUGCAGCUGCAUGGAGAUCUACUGUCCACCACGUUGGCCCGCAAUCAAGUCCAGCUGGGGACGGGGCUGGGUUUGG